AUGGGAUGGAUACCAUGGCAGGUUAAAAUGGCCCGUCGUGUCGUACAUUCCGACACGAUCCAGAGGGUACGAACCAAUAUUCAGAUACCCGUGCAACGCCUUAAAACGGUGCAGCCAGGGGUGAAGGGCCUGGUGCGAGAGAUGUGCAGAAAGCAAAAUAAAGCAAGAGAAAAAAGCAAAGCACUGAGAAAUUACAUAACUAGAGAUACUACUGCGUGUGUCCGAUGGGAGUGGAGAGACGAGACGAGACGAGACAACGAUGGGGACCGAUUGCCAGUUAGCUGGUACGCGCCAGUCAUCUGGAUGAGCGCUCGUCCCCUGCCCAUCGGCGUCCAAUUUCCCGCUUCCUGGUUAGUCGAGGUAGACGAGAGCAAUGGGGAAAAAAGGUUCUAG